AUGGCUGGGCCUGGUCUGCGAAUACCAACGGAGCUGAAUAAGAUCCACCAUGAUGAAGGCUAUCCUCUUGAUCCUGAGAGCUACUAUGAUAUCACCAUGGUUUCCAACUUCAGAAGAAGCAACAGCCCUUCCAAUAGAAGCAGGCGCAGGGCUCACUUCUCUCCCAGCAUAAAUGAAAAGGAAAAUCUCCGCUUAUGGAUCCCUGAAAACAUUCAGAAAAAAGAAUGUGUUUAUUUUAUUGAAAGGUCACAGUUGUCAGAUUCUGGGAAAGUGGCAUGUGAAUGUGGCUAUCUCAGGGAAGAGCACUUAGAGGAAGCCAUAAAACCUGUCAUGUUCCAAGGGAAGGAAUGGGACCCCAGAAGACACGUCCAGGAAAUGCCAACAGAUGCCUUUGGGGACAUUAGUUUUACAGGCUUGGGGCAAAAGGUUGGGAAGUAUGUGCGAGUCUCUUCCAGCACUUCUCCAAAAACACUUUACCAGUUGAUUACACAGUACUGGGGGCUUGAUAUACCCAACCUCUUAAUAUCAGUGACAGGAGGAGCUAAAAAUUUCAGUAUGAAGAUGAGACUGAAGAAUAUAUUCCGUCAGGGGCUUGCCAAAGUGGUAGAAACAGCAGGUGCCUGGAUCAUCACAGGUGGUUCUCACACUGGUGUGAUGAAGCAUGUAGGGGAAGCACUACAGGAUUUUAUUAUGAGCAGUACCUACAAAGGCGAUAUUGUUGCUAUUGGCAUUGCAUCUUGGGGGACAGUACACAACCGUAACAGUCUCAUCUGCCGCACGGGUAGCUUCCCUGCAGAAUAUAUUUUAGAUGAGGAAACUCAAGGAAGUCUUUCUUGCCUGGAUAGCAAUCAUUCACACUUCAUUCUGGUGGAUGAUGGAACACACGGGAAAUAUGGGGUGGAGAUUCCUUUGAGGAGCAAACUUGAGAAAUACAUUUCAGAGCAAACUAAGGUGAAAGGAGGAGUUGCCAUUAAAAUACCUAUUGUCUGUGUAGUGCUGGAGGGUGGCCCUGGGACUCUUGAUACAAUUUAUAAUGCAAUCAAUAAUGGCACGCCAUGUGUGAUUGUGGAAGGCUCUGGUCGAAUAGCCGAUGUCAUUGCUCAAGUGUCUAAUCUUCCCAGCCACAAAAUAAACAUUUGCCUAAUUCAGAAAAAAUUGAGUAUAUUUUUCAAGGACAGCUAUGAAUUGUUCACAGAGAACAAGAUCGUGGAAUGGACUAAAAAGAUCCAAGAUAUUGUACGAAACAAGCAGCUCCUGACCAUCUUCAGGGAAGGCAAGGAUGGACAGCAAGAUAUUGAUGUGGCCAUUUUGCAAGCAAUGCUCAAAGCCUCCCGGUGCCAUGAUCACUUUGGCCAUGAAAACUGGGAUUACCAGCUGAAGCUUGCAGUGGCAUGGAACAGAGUGGAUAUUGCCAGGAGUGAGAUUUUCACCGAAGAUCAUGAAUGGAAGCCUUUUGAUCUACAUCCAAUGAUGGCAGCUGCCCUCAUAGCAAACAAACCAGAGUUUGUGAAGCUGUUUUUGGAGCAAGGCAUACAGUUGAAGGAAUUUGUUACAUGGGAUACUUUACUCUAUCUCUAUGAAAACAUGGCACCCUCCAGUGUCUUCCAUGGGAAGCUGCAGAAAGUGUUGCUGGAAGAGAAGGAGCGUGCUGCCAUCUCCAAAAUGCCAAGGAUCCAGCUGCAUCAUGUAUCCCAGGUGCUGAGAGAACUGCUGGGAGAUUUCACACAACAUCUGUAUCCAAAGCUGAAGAACACUGAGAAACAUCAUCUCCCUAUUCCUGUGCCCCAGAACAAGGUGCAAGGAGUACAUGUUCAAGCAUUCUAUAAGCGUUCCGCUGCUCAGGCACCAUUCAGCAUGGAUCCUGUGCGGGAUUUACUUAUAUGGGCAAUUGUUCAAAACCGCAAGGAGUUGGCUGAUAUAAUUUGGACUCAGAGUCGAGAUUGCAUUGCAGCAGCAUUAGCCUGCAGCAAUAUGCUGAAGGAACUAUCUAAGGAGGAAAAUGACACUGACAGUUGUGAGGAAAUGCUAACCCUGGCAGAGAAGUAUGAGCAUCGAGCUGUAGGUGUUUUUACAGAAUGUUAUCGGAAGGAUGAAGAAAGAGCUCAGCAUCUCCUGAUCCGGAUAUCUGAUGCCUGGGGAAAGACCACAUGCCUCCAGUUAGCUUUGGAAGGCAAAAAUAUGAAGUUUGUUUCUCAUGGGGGUGUUCAGGCCUUCUUAACCAGAGUUUGGUGGGGAAAGCUGAGUGUCGAUAAUGGGAUAUGUCAGGUCAUCCUGUGCAUGCUCUUCUUCCCUCUUCUCUAUACAGGCCUCAUAAUUUUCAGAAAAAAGAGGAUCCAGCCAACUACUGGUUUAAACCGUUUCCGAGCUUUCUUCACUGCCCCUGUGGUCAUCUUCCACCUCAACAUCCUUUCCUACUUCAGUUUUCUCUGCCUAUUUGCUUUUGUGUUGAUGACAGAUUUCCAGUCAACCCCAUCUUGGCCGGAAUAUGUCAUCUAUUUCUGGCUUUUCUCCUUAGUGUGUGAAGAGGCCCGGCAGCUUUUUUGUGAUCCUGAUGGGUUUGGCUUGGUCAAAAUGGCUUCUUUAUAUUUCAGUGAUUUCUGGAAUAAAUUGGAUGCAUGUGCCAUUUUGAUCUUUAUAGUUGGAUUGGUCUGUAGAUGGUUCCCAGAAACUUUGUACCCUGGAAGAAUUGUACUAUCCCUAGCUUUCAUUAUUUUUUGUCUGCGUCUAUUGCACAUAUUCACAAUCAGUAAAACUCUUGGUCCCAAGAUUAUUAUAGUGAAGAGAAUGAUGAAGGAUGUCUUCUUUUUCCUUUUCCUCUUGGCUGUUUGGAUAGUAUCCUUUGGAGUAGCCAAACAAGCUAUCCUAAUCCACAAUGAGAAACGGGUAGACUGGAUCUUCCGAGGUGUUUUUUACCAUUCAUACUUGACAUUAUUUGGACAGAUCCCCUCCUAUGUUGAUGGGGUGAAUUUCAACUUUGAUCAGUGCAGCCCAAAUGGGACUGAUCCAUACAAGCCUAAAUGUCCAGAGAGCAGUGAAGCCAACAAGAAGCCCAUUUUUCCUGAGUGGCUGACAGUAAUUUUGCUUUGCCUAUACCUACUCUUCACCAACAUUCUCCUUCUCAAUCUCCUCAUUGCUAUGUUCAAUUACACAUUCCAGCAGGUGCAGGAGCACACUGACCAAAUCUGGAAAUUUCAGCGUCAUGACCUGAUUGAAGAGUAUAAUGGCAGGCCACCAGCUCCACCACCUUUUAUCCUCCUAAACCACCUACAGAUAUUUGUCAAGUGUGUGUUUCUUCAGAAGCCAACCACACGGCACAAGCAGCUCAAAAAGAAAUUUGAGAAGAAUGAAGAGGCAGCUUUAUUGUCCUGGGAGAUGUACCUGAAGGAAAAUUAUUUGCAACUCCAACAGUCUCAACAAAAGCACACUCCUGAGCAGAAAAUCCAGCACAUCACAGACAGAGUGGAUAAACUAACAGAAAUGCUGGAUCUUGAUCAGGAGAAAACGAUGAAGCUAUUGGAACAAAGGUUGUUACACUUGGAAGAACAGACAUUCCAAUUUGCAAAGGGAUUACAAUGGAUUGUUCAAUCGUUGUCUAACAGUGGGUUUGGUACAGAGGAAGAUAUUCCUGUUUUAGUCCCUAGCAGGGCUGCUGAAACAAAGGAGCAGCAAGCAGAGGAAGUCUCGGAAUCUUUAUUCAUCCUGUCCCAUGUGAGUUCUAGGAACCUCCUAUAUCCCAAGUCUACUACCAUUCGCUUCCCUGUGCCGGAUGAGAAGGUGCCAUGGGAGACAGAGUUCGAUAUCUAUAAUCCGCCCUUCUAUAGUCCUGAAACACAAGAGGAUAUCACACCAAAGUUCCUGAGAGACAAUUUGGAAAACCUUUCAAGAAUAAACUUCAACAGCCUGGAUGGAGAGAUCAACAGGCAGAGUUUCCAUGGCACUUAUACUGUUGAGGGUGGCCUGCCACUAAAUCCCAUGGGCAGGACAGGCUUGAGGGGCCAAGGAAUCCUUAGGUUCUUUGGACCCAAUCAUGCCUUGCAUUCAGUUGUGACACGUUGGCGAAGGAAUGUUGAUGGAUCCAUUUAUAGAAAAAACUUGAAGAAAAUGCUGGAAGUUUUAGUGGUCAAUUUCCCUUUCUUGGAUAAUUGGGUUUUACUUGGGGGAUCUCUAGAACCUGGGGAAGCAUUGCCACAAAAAAUAAAACAGGUCCUGAGACGAGAGUUCUGGCCACAAUUUCAGAAAUUGCUGAAUCAAGGAACAGAGAUAUAUAAAGGGUACAUAGAUGAUCCAAGGAAUACAGACAAUGCUUGGAUAGAGACAGUAGCCAUCAGUGUACAUUUUGAAGAUCAGAAUGAUGUCGAAAUGAAGCGUCUGAACUCAUUUCUCCAGGGUUGUGACUUUGAAGUGAUGGUGCGAUGGCAGGUGGUGGACAAGAAGAUCCCCCUUUAUGUCAAUCACAAAGAACUUCUGAGGAAAGCAACUGUCCUUUUGGGAGCAUAUUUCUAA